ACAAAUUUAAUAAACGAGGGUGUGAUAUUUAGUUUUUUCACUAAAUAUCACGGGCGUUAGUAGCAGUCAUUAUCGAAAUUUAUAGGUCUCAUAGUAUAUCAAUCCACGAUGCCAUAACCUAGAUGCACCUCCUCAUGCUCAUUUUUACAAUCAAUAUCAUAAUCGGUCAUAUUUAUGUGAAGCACAUUAUCACUAUUAUGUGAAAUGAAUAAUUCCAAAAUCUCAAAAUAUAAAUACAGUAUGCGUAUGCCCCCUGAAUUAGAAGAGGGGAAUAUUGAAUACAAGCUAAAACUCAUUAAUCCAACCAAUGCCAGAUUAGAAAAUUUAAUUACACAAAUGAAAUGGAGGUUAAGAGAAGGAAAUGGAGAGGCUAUAUAUGAAUUGGGUGUGGAAGAUCAAGGAUAUUUUGCAGGUCUGAGUAAAAAAGAUUUAGAAUUAUCAAAGAUUACUCUAAAAAGGAUGGCUCAAAAGUUAGGAGCAACUAUGCAAAUUCUUAGGGAAAAGGAGGUCAUUUCAUAUAAUUCUAUCAAUGAUUUGGAUCAAAUAGAUGACCAAAAGUUUAUAUGUGAAGUAUUAGUCAGAAAAAUAUCAGAAGAUCAUACAUUUACAGACCUUAGGGUUGCAGUACUAGGUAAUCAUUUUAGUGGAAAAACCACACUUCUUGGUGUUUUGACAAGAGGUGAGCUAGAUGAUGGAAUGGGCAAAGCAAGAUUAGGGUUAUUUAGACAUGCACAUGAAAUUGAGACUGGUCGUACUUCAUGCAUUAGUAUAGAUAUCUUAGGGUUUGAUAAUUCCGGAAAUUUGAUAAAUUAUGUGGGCCCACGCACAGUUGAAGAAAUAUAUGAAACAUCUACAAAACUAAUUACCUUUCUUGACUUAGCAGGAUUCCACAAAUAUCAGAAAACGACCAUUUUUGGUUUAACAAAUUAUUCACCUGAUUACGUUAUGCUAUUGAUAGAUUCAACUAAAGGACUAGUUGGAACAUCUAAGGAACAUUUAGGAUUAGCACUGGCCUUAAAUUUGCCAAUUUUCAUUUUGAUAACAAAAAUCGAUAUUAAAGAGCAAGCUAACAGCGAUGAAUACAACAAUUUAAAAAAUCUGACUGGAAGUACAAAUAAUUUAGUUGCAGUAUUACAAGCUUUAAAAAGUGUUAAUAAAUUACCUUUUAUGGUAAAAGAUUUCAAUCAUGCUCGUAUGGCAGCUAAAAAUAUGUCUCAAGGAAACGUUGUACCAGUACUUGAAAUAUCAUGCAUUACAGGGUGCAAUCUAGCUCUUUUGAAAAUAUUUUUACAGUUAUUACCACCAUAUAUUUCAACGCAAUCCAAGAAUUGUUUAUAUCCAUUUGAUCCUAAGUCAAUUUGCAAAAAUAAUAUAUAUAGUAUUGAACUUUUGGGGAUACAAGGCGGAAAAAAAUUGGAAAGCAAAAAAAGAAAAGUAGAUCAAAACGAGAUUAACGACAAAUUGAAGUCUGAAAGAUUAGUUGAUGAUUUAUUUAUGAAAAUAGACGGUGACAUAAAUUCUAUAAAAAUUUGUCAUAAUGAGGAAUUAGCUGAAUUUUUAAUAGAUGAAGUAUUUAGCGUAGACGGUGUUAAGGGAAUAGUCGUUAGUGGUAUUAUGAGUAAAGGAAUAGUACAAGAAGGUAAACUGUUUCUCGUAGGGCCUUUUAAAUCCACCAACUCAAAUGCAUAUCCUAGCAACAAUAAUGCUUUUAAAGAAGUUUUACUUGUUAGUAUAAGGAGAUGUCGAAUGAUCAAAAAAACGAUAAAAGCCGGUGAUUGUGGCACUUUGGCACUACAAUUCAUUAAGUAUAAUGAAAGUUAUGAAAAAAGAGUGGAUACAAAACCUAAUCAGAAUGCCCCGGUUACUAAGAAUAAUCUCGUUGACAAUAACAGCAUCAUUGAAAAAGGCUUAAACGAUUUCCAAAUCUAUGAUUCGACAUCUCAUGAUAUUAAUAUAAAGAAGGGCAUGGUUUUAGUUCAUCCGGAUAUCAAGCCAAUAGCCAGCUUCGAAUUUGAAGCUCAAAUUUGUAUUUUAUAUCACGCUACCGCGAUCACAAUCGGUUUCCAGAUAUCCAUAUACGUUCGUAAUAUAAGGCAGACUGCAAUUAUUAUAUCUUUAGAUAAAGAUUAUCUCAAAACGGGACAGUCCGGUAUUGCCGUAUUUCGUUUUAUUAGACAUCCUGAAUAUCUGAAAAUUGGGUCAAAACUAAUUUUCAGGGAAGCAUCUACUAGAGGUAUUGGGCUUAUAACGCGGAUAAUAACUCCCGGCGUAUGAUAUUAAAGAAAUAACUAUAAUAUUAGUAAAAUAUGCUUCGUCAUCAUUUUGCAAUUCUAGUCAAAAUUUUUAUUUUAUUUUUUUUAAUUGUAAAUUAUAUUAUUUAAUAUAUUGUGAUCGAAAAUAGUUUUUUAAAAUUUUUUUAAUUGUAAAUUAUAUUAUUUAAUAUAUUGUGAUCGAAAAUAGUUUUUUUAAAAUAAUAUAUAGAUAUGGAUAACAUAAUAUUUUGCUCUUAUGGUAUAUUCUA